GAGGAUGAACUGAGAGGCUGGACGCCAGCAGCUGUAUGAGUGAGUAACAACAGCAGGCAGAGAGAGGCUGGUAGUGUUUGAAGAAGGAGAGGAUGAUACCUUAAUUAUAGCUCUCUAUAAUUGCAUCUUGACCAGUUUGUUUUGUUUUGGGUUUUUUUUCUAGGCACUUACUUUACAAAAUCAACAGUUAUCUUCACUGGUUUAGAUGUGUUUUUUUUGUUUUGUAUAAAGGAAAAUAGAUUAAAUUGGAUUGAAUCAUCAUUUAGUCACAUGCUUGUUACAGACAUAUAUAGAUAUAUUUUUUAUUCAAUUUCAGAAAGAAAAGACAGUUUUAAAGUGACUAUAUUUUUAGUGUCUUUUCUUUAUAGUUCAGAUAAGUGAUUUAUAGAAAUGUCUGUUUAGCCAGUAGACAGGAGAUUAUUACCUCUCUUCAUUAUGCUGCUGGCUCUGCUUCUGGUUCUGAAUUUUGUACUUGAGGCUCGUUCCUCUGAGUCGACAUCAAUAACUAUUCAGUACCGGGUUUGGGAGGAGCAGCCGGCGGGAACCGAGGUCGGCCGUCUGGUGGACGACCUUCGCCAGAGGGACGUAGGCGGUCAUCUGGAGAAUUUCCAGGUUGUAGAGCACGGAAAAGCCCUUCCCUUCUCCGUCAGCACUCGAGAUGGAGUUGUCACCACCCAGGGCCGGUUGGACAGGGAGGAGCUGUGCCGAGGUUCGGACCUGUGCGAGGUGGCCUUCAGUGUCCUCUACAUGAAAAGUGGUGCAAUGGACUGCCUGCGGGUUCACGUGGAGGUGAUGGACCUGAACGACCACAGUCCAAGCUUCCCCACACCUCUGCAGGAAGUGGAGAUCUCAGAGACGGCCAGCCUCAGAAUGCGAAUCCCUUUGGACCGUGCAGUGGAUCCCGAUGCAGGGCCGAACAGCCUUCAGACCUACUCGCUGUCCGUCAACCAGCACUUUGCUCUGGAUAUGACGGUUGCUCCGGGUGGGACAAAGCAGGCGGAGCUGGUUGUUAUCAAAGAACUAGAUAGGGAGGUUCAAGGCUCCUUUGACCUUACACUAGUGGCAUGGGAUAAAGGGAACCCCCCCAGGUCUGGGAGCACGUUAGUUCGUGUUAAUAUUCAGGACUCAAAUGAUAACAGCCCCACCUUUGAGGACAGUACUCCCACUGUGGAGCUACCUGAGGAUACAGCUCGUGGGACAACCAUCAUCAACCUCAAAGCCACUGACCCUGAUCAAGGUGCUAAUGGGGAGGUGGAGUAUUCACUCAGUAAGCACACACGUUCAGAGGUCCACAGGCUCUUCUAUGUGGAUCCAAAAACUGGAGCUGUGAGUCUCAAAGCGCCUCUGGACUAUGAGCUCCAGCACUCCUAUGAGGUGAUUGUUCAGGCUCGUGAUCGUGGACCAAAUGCAAUUCCUUCUCACUGCAAAGUGCACGUCAAGUUAAAAGAUGUUAAUGAUAACGCACCUAGGAUACACAUGACCUGGACUCCACGCAACUCACCUGUAGCGACUGUGCUGGAGGGAGCAUCAGAAGAUACUUUCCUUGCCUUGGUAAUGGUCUCUGAUGCAGAUUCGGGGGAUAAUGGCAAAGUGAGAGCUUUCAUGCAGGAAGGAUCUGGACCUUUCCGCCUCAAACGGAUCCAUGGUGACAAUUACAUGAUUGUGACUAAUGGCAGCCUGGACAGAGAAAAGGUGAUGCAUUAUAACAUCACCAUCCUUGCACAGGAUUAUGGAGAUCCCCCGCUGACCUACGUAAAACAGCUCCUCGUCAAUGUUCUGGAUGAGAACGACAACGCCCCGGUGUUCUCCACCUCCCUCUAUAAGGCUUCGAUCAAGGAGAACAACGUAGCAGGCUACCACGCCCUCAAAGUUGAAGCUCAUGAUGCUGACCUGGAGUUCAGCGGCAGGGUUUCCUACUUCAUACACAACUCCAGUAGCCCAAAAACCCCCAUGGAAUCUUUCUCCAUCCACCCAACCAGUGGCAUCAUAAGCAUCGAGCAACCUUUGGACUACGAGGAAUCUAAAACCUACUCUUUCAUUGUGGAGGCCACUGACCAGGGUCAUCCACCUCUCUCAACCACUGCCACCGUGCAGAUCGAAAUCCAGGACGUGAACGACAACCACCCAGUCAUCACGGAGCCAAAACCCAGAAAAGGCUUGGCUUCUUUAAGCGUACCUGUCAACGCAGACAAGGGGGAGAUUGUUACUGAACUAGGAAAUGAAAUAGAUGAAGAACCCAGUUUGCCGAUAAAUCCCUCAGUCAAAGAUGGAUUUGAUGGAUUCCUUGCAUCCACCAUAAAGGCUGAAGAUCCAGACUCAGGGAUGAAUGGAAAACUCCAGUACCUGAUGACUGAUGGAAACCCUUAUGGACUCUUCUGGUUGGAUCAGUCUACAGGUCAGCUGUUUGUUAACACCACAAACGCUACCGCACUCAUUGGGAAAACCUUUACGGUGGACAUUACUGUAUCUGACAUGGGAACUCCAAGCCUGUCCACCAAGGCUACACUGGAGGUGACUUUCAUCAACCUCAAGGAUCACCUGAAGAACUCAUCACCUGGUAACCGCGGGCAGCUCAGCUUCACUAUGAUGAUGGCGAUUUGCCUGGGCGCCACAUGCCUGCUGCUACUGCUAGCCAUCGCUUUGGUGACAACGUUCUGUCGCCCUGAGAAACGAGACACCCGGGCCUACAACUGCAGACAGGCCGAGUCGACCUACACCCGCCACCCGCGACGCCCGCAGAAGAACAUCAGGAAGUCUGACAUUCAGCUUAUUCCCGUCAUCAGAGGGCGGAAGGAGGAUCCUCCUGAGGAUGAUAGUGAAGCCCAGCCACUGGCUCCACCUCCAAUGUCAGAGGAUCAUCAAACGGAGAGACAGUACACCUUAACACCUUCAGUAAUGAACACAAGCUUCCAUUCCCAGGCCCACUCAGAAGGGGAUCUCACUCAAACUCUCCCCCUCCACUGCAAAACUCUCCGAAAACCUGGAAAUAUUGAACUUGAUGGCGCUUUGCCUCUGACGCCAUCCACGCCAUACAGGACUCUUCGGAAACCCAGAAACACUUCAUCGUCUUCCUCAGUCUCACAUACAAGCACCUUGAAGCGUCAGAAUCACCCUAAAGGUGAAGGGGUGGAGCCGCUGUCUGCGUCAUCCCAGGCGACUCUCAGGAGGCCGAGGACCUCAGAGGGACGAGGGGGGCAGGACGCAGAACACCAGCAGAUGCUUCGAAACCUGGUCAGACUGUCCAUGGCUGCGUUUGCAGACUCCAUCGAGCUUUCCUCAGCCUCCCCGGAGGUGCAGCAAAUCUCCCAGCUCCUCUCUCUCCUGCGUCAGGGUCAGCUGCAGCCGCGGCCAAACUUCCGCGGGAACAAAUACUCUCAUCGCACUGGCAGAUAUGGAGGUCAGGACUGUGCUGAUUGGCAGAGCACUAAAGACAGCGGACAUGGCGAGAGCGAAGCUGGGGACGUGGACUGGGAACCAGGAAGAGACUCACCCAUUGACCCGCAGCUCGGGGAGGGACUCCACAACCUGCUCAACAAUCCUGAUGACGUCUUUGCGGAGAUCAGCGAUCCAGCAUGGAUGGCCAGACUCUCUCUCCCGCUCUCUGGCGAUUAUCACGACAAUGUUUUUGUCCCCAAUGGGCCUCCGUCCCCCGAGAGCGAGGUCCUGCCCCGGGAAGGCUUGGACUCCUCGUCUUUCUCCACCUUCGGUAAAACACCAGAGAAGGACGGUCCUUUGGGUGGCACCCUGCUGUCAGAGGUCAGCACACUGUUUGAGAUGCUGAUGACACAGAAGGCCGACGCCCAUCCCGGCCCGCGGCCCGACGUCCUGUACCGACUGUCUGCAGCGUACCGGCGCUCGCUGGGCCUGGACGGAGCCACACCUGCUGCAGGCAACGCAGCAGCAAGGAACUCUGGGAACAGUGAGAAGAGGCCAGCCCUGGCUCAACCAUCAGGACUUUAUCAAUAAAUAUCUGAUCACUGAACACUGGAGAAAAGAAACAAACACUGAGAUGCAGCUCGGAUUGGAAAGUUACAGAAACAAUGUCACAAGUUUCUGUUUGAGUAGCAUGUGGGGAUUUUAGAGGCAUUAUGUGAUAAAAUACUUAAAUAUGAUUUAAAACUGUAAAUAAAUAUUCAUUAUUUUAUCAUAAAGUUCUGCAACAUGUGGACAGCUUUAAAAAAAAAGGAUCAAACUCAAUGAAGCAGAAACAGAGAUAUUGUCUUUGUUUUAAUUCCACACAUCUUCCUUAACAAAACCUGGUGCCUACAUUACCCACAAUGCAACUCAACUAACUCGAAUGUAGCGGCUAAUGUAGCCUGGAGCUGCUAUAGCCUGCAGCAGAGGUCUGGUAACCUCACUCCACUAGCUUCAAAUUUCUUUCAUUUUUUGUCAUUUAUCAGAUUUCACCUAAAAAAGGCUUUAAACUACUUUUUAUAGAUAUGUAGUAGUUCUCUCCCCAACCGCUGUAAACACACGUUGAUGUGUAAAAUCAGUGGAGUUCCCCUUUAAAUGUACAGUAUGAGUCAUUUUUAACGCCUGUACUUCAAUUACAAGACUAUUUUCCUACUUUUCGGGCUCAGUAAGAGGAAGAUGACUCGUCGAUUAAUCACUGAAAAUAAAAAAUGUGAACAGCUGUUUUAUACAUUUGAAACCAGGCUUCACUUCAUCCCAAACAUACUGAUGACUUAGUUCAUCAAGCAGCGAGGCUAUAAUUUAAAGCUUGUCAAUUUUAUGUCAAGUCAGAAGCUGUUGAGAAACGUUCUGGGUCAGAUUGAGUGAUGACGUCCGCAAACUGAGACUAAUUUAUGAGAAACAGAUGUGUGAAAAAUGACAAAUCCUGUUACACAAUGGUGUUACUGUACAUGUUGCAUUUUCACUAUCAAUAAAUCACAGAAGCAGCAAGAGCUUCUUCAAUUCAGGGUUUAAUUAACAGCGAAAAUGGAAGGAGACUCAGGACAGUGGGAAUAGUAGAAAGACAGAUGAGAGUGUAGUAGUCUGAAAGAGAAAGAUAGAUUAAUAUUUAGAUUUUCAGUUUCGGCAUGUUUAAAAAACAAGUGUGAUGAAGGAAAAAACAGACUGUUUCAGAAGGAAAACAGAAAGUGAAGGAAGGAGCUGAGCAGGAAUGUCAAUAAUAAGAAGAAUUCGACUUUAAUAAUGAAUCUGGAAGCUGAAAAAGUAGCUUAUUGUUCUCAAUGUCUCAGUUUAAAGGACUGAACUUUAUCUCCAUAUUUCCUCACAUAAAGCAGGUAAGAGUGACCUGGUGUGUGUGAGUGUGUGUCAGGACGUAAUAAACACAGCUGGGAUUUAGGGUUUUUUUUUUUUGGGGCCGGCAGAAAGCGACCCGGCGACUAAGAGGAAAUGUCCCUUUGUCUUUUUUGUUUUCCCUCAAGUCUAAACAACAAGCAGCUGAAAGCAGACAGAGAAGAAGUGUUUGUUGACAAUAGAGCAGACUAAAAUCCCCCUCAUUACAAUCUAACUUUCACACAAUAGAUUUCAGCCUAAUUAUGAUUUUCAGGAUGUUUUUUUUUUAAUAUACUUUUAAGUUAUUUUUGUUUGUAUUUGUAUCCAAAAUUGUCGUAUUUUAAGCUUUUUUAACUGUAUUUUGCAAAAUCAGAUGACCAGCACUUUGUAUAUAGUCUAAUGUAAAACUGUUUUUUUUCUUUUUUUGGCUGUGAAAAUAACUUUUGUAA